UUGAUAACCAUCUCAGUCUAACUUUCAAGCUUCGCCUCGUCUGUGUGCGAAUUUGUGCGAUAGUCUCCCGGUGCUCUUGUUGGGAAAUGAGUGUUUCACAAAUGUGUUUUUUCCCCUCAUGGAUUGGACAUCAUGAACACUUCUUGAUCACAUGAACAGGCAGGAGUAUGGGCAAAUUCCAGUCCAAACUCGCUUCGAAACGUAGACAGAGUCCUGAAGGUGGUAGUUUGGCUUCCAGUGUGCUGACCUGUCAGAGGGAGCUGGAGCGCAUCCACAUCCACAAAACCAAACUGACAGAGAACUUGUACGUAGAACUGAGGGAAAACAAGUCAGACCGUAACUGCAACCUCAAAGUGGUUUUGCCACCAAAGAAGACACCUGAUAAAGGUCAUAACAGCGUCCACUUCCAGGUCAAUAAACAGACAAAGAAGAGGAACAGCCAUGCUGGUGUCACAGAGUGUAACAUGGGGCUUGAUGAGGACACUCAGCAGGAGUGGGUCUUCACACUGUACAACUUCGACAACAGUGGCAAGGUCACCAAAGAGGACAUGUCCAGUCUGAUACACUCUAUGUAUGAGGUUCUAGAGGCAUCAGUCAAGCAGCCUUACGGUGGCACCACACCCCUGAAGAUAAAGCUAGUUGUAACUCCGUCUGCGGACCCAGUAAAGACCUCACAAAUAGCAGAGAAGGAGCAGAGUGCGUCUCAGGAGGCAGGAACCCCAGUAACAAGACUUUAUUGCGUGGAUGAAAACAUAGAGCGCAGAAACCACUACCUGGAUCUAGCUGGCAUUGAAAACUAUACCUCCAAGUUUGACAAUACAGAAUCUCCGUCUCAGGAGCCCAGACAGGAUGCUCACUCUGCUCCUCAGCAUCAUCCUGUGGUGAUCAAAGAGAACUGCAUCUCCCCUGAGCUUCCCAGAGGCCUCUCUAUCCCUCAUUCCCUGAAAAGCAAGGCCAUGUCGGUGGGGAAAGACAGGAACGGAGGAGAGGGAAAGUCCUGCAGGUUACACGACCAACACCCUGCUUCAUGGUGCCAUCCUUCCCACUCUCAACCUGCAGCACAACGUACUCACAGCAAGAGGCUUCGCUCCAGGGUACAAGACGUUGCCUCACACCUUAGACCCACACCAGGGGGAGAUAGGGAACUUUUUUCCAACCUUCAGACCUCCUGUGGGGCCCUGGCCUCUCCAGCCCAGAGACAUGAGCACCAUCACCACCAUGAGCACCAUCAUCAUCAUCACCAUCACUACCACAGAAGAGUUGGUGUACUCUGCUGAACUGAUAUAUGGGGAGUCUGGGUGGUCAAAUGCAACUCAGCAGGUCCUUCAAUCACCUCAUUUACAUUAUAUUUAGUGUGUGGUGGAAUCAGGCUAUGACACUGUUAUCUAAUGCAAACAAACCCUAAAAGAUUACCUACACUAGAUCCAGGAAGGCCAGUUCAAUGUUAACUGAAUGGUUGUUUUUUCAGCCGUUUAGAUUAACAAAUUUCUUCUCAGGUAGAUUUCCACUUAAGCUUUAAAAUUAUUUAAAUGCACACUUUGUAAAGAUACAGGCCUGGAUUUUAACCUAAAACAUGAACACUAACCACCAUUGCAUAUUAACAACAUGUGUCUUUUCUGUUUGAAUAUGCUAAAAUUAUGUAGAAAAGAAUAUACAGUAUGUCUUUAAUAAAAAGGUGUUUUGUUUAUUCUUA